UUCUUCGCGGUUGGUAAGCCGUGCGGUGACGGUGUACUAUUCGGUCGUCUGAUGCCGGUUCGUCCGUUUUCUGCCUCAACUCAGCCACAGAUCGAGCUGCUUCUGGGCUCGAUUCAAAAUCGAAAUAACAUAUCGAAAUAAAAAUAUCGCCUCGCAAGGUACGUUAAAGUGGUUCGGCUUCGAUUAGCGACAUACCGGCGGUGGUUGUUACCUAAGUGGAAGUGGAAGUUGUUUCUGAAAAGCCGGGGUUGGAAAAAACUCAAGCCCUGCCCUGGUUUACCGGUCCCCAAAACGCUGUUCGAGUGCGAGUCUCGGUCUGGGAUGUGCAAGAUCGGCUGGUCUGGUCGUUAAUUGUAAAUUAUGGUGUUGAGUGUAGUGUCUGUGUACGUGUGCGUACUUACUAUUUUCGAUCUCGGUUUCGGAGGAUCGGCGUUAGGCGGUGCUUAACCGGCAGUCGGCAGUGCGUGUGAUUUGCCCAAGUGUCUAAAUCCUCGGCGGUGGAUAUAAAUCGUGGAUUCAGUUACAGUGCAGUGAAACAUAAUAAUAGUGACCUCAGCGGUAGGAGUGACCCUAGGAAUGUGGCAGCAGAUCGUGCCGGAGGCAGUCCGAAGCAUUCGCUGCACCGUGGUAAUGAGUUAGUGAUGUGAUCUAGUGGGCCGUAAGCUGGUGAUGAUUUUAUGAUUGAGUUGCAUGCAAAGUGAGCAUAAGCGUAUCGUGUUGGUGUGUGUGUGAGAAAUGGUCAAGCUUCAGUGGGCGAGAGCAAGUGAGUGAGUGAGAGAUCACAGUGUAGUGAGCGUGCCCAGCGGUGAAAGGGCCAAAAGGUGAAACAAAGUAGGCGCAAGAAACGGCCGCACUCCAAAAAGUCAAAUCAAACGGGGGCUGUAACUGCUGCGGUGUUUUCGUGUGCAAGAGCUGGCCGUUUUCCACCCGGUGGAAGCGGAAGUGCGUCAAGGUGUUCACCAUACAACGGAUUGUUCGGAGCAAUCGGAGCGUCGGAGAUCUGUAACGUGUAACGGCGUGCUGGCACGCGCAUGCACGCCAAUUUCUCGCCAAGCCUAGUUCCUGGUGGUGCCUGGCAGGUUCUGAUUUUUUUUCCGUUGGUCUUCACCGUGAACGUGCCACCAGUACCGAUUGGGAGCGAGCAAAACGGGAACGUCGUCGUCGAACCGGUGCGGUGCCUGGUGUCCCGGCAAUCAUCAGCAUGUUCCGAAUUUGAAACCCGCCACCACCGCUCUAUACCGUAAUGACACAAAAUGCAACAUUGCUUAAAAUAUGACCAGCAAACCGCAACCAGACAAAUUGGGAAGGAACAUGAAAGCGCUGCCAUCGGCUAUGUGGAACAGAGCAAUCCCGGAAAAUGACUACAUCCAGCUCGGUACCCUGCGUUACGGCGUUCGCCUAUCCAAUACGGGGCUGCUCGAUGGCGGGAAACCGGACCACGUGACCGAUUUGACCGAGGCAAACUCCCGCGCGUCUGUUACUUCUUCCUACGAGCUCACAAACGGUGACAACAGCGUGCACAGUGUCGGCGGUACGAGCAGCAUUAGUAGCAAUGGCGAUAAGCAGAACUGUUGCUGCAUCGGCUCGGGUGGCGUGGAGAUGCCCUGGACCAACAGCUUCGCCCGUACCAAACUGCCAGUUCCUAGUAGCUUAGCUAAGAAUAGAAAAUCAUCUCCCUUCGCAUCAACAUCGGUUGGCUCGACCGGAGCGGACGGCCAUCAUCAUCAUCAUCAGCAGCAGCAGCAGCUGCCGAGGUAUCCAAUGUUGGCGCCUGGUCGUACCAACAACAACGGGACCAAUUUCAGUCAGUCAACGCAAUCGCACGACCACGGAAGUGACGGUUACACUUGUAGAACAGAUCCGGGGAUCGAUUCGAGCUACAGGAACGGCGUCACGCACAACAACAACAGUAAAGGUGACAGUGAUCACAACGGCAGCAACUUUGGCACCAUCAACAACGGCAACGGUACGAGCGAUCAUCAGCAACUGUUCGAGGAUACGGUACGACAACUUCAGCAACAGCAAGCCGAUUCUUCGCCCCGAUGCUCAACCGUGGUGUGCUGCUACAGCAACAGUUUCGGUUCCGGGAGCACCAAUAAGAAGCGACACAACGGUCGGGAAAAGCAUCAGCUUCAGGAAUCACCUCUAAAGCAGGAAUCGAAGCAGGUUCGAAGCUAUCGCAAGCAGCAGCCACCAUCGCAUGACCGAUCGAUCGGAUAUUCCACCAACGCAACGCUAGAUGUGCGCCAUCAUGAGGUAGGAAGCCCGGACUAUCCGGUCCGAAGCAAUGGAGCACCGCCCAGCGCUGCCAGUGCCCGGACGUAUGUAAGGAACGAGUUUGAUGAUGCAAAUGAUGCCGAUGUUGAUGAUGAUCUUUCGGCACUGGUUAUUGUUGGUGCAAACGGUGGACACGACACGGUCGACGGUGACGGCGUAAUAUCAAGUGGCAGCACCGGUGGUGACUAUCGGAAUGGGGGUGAUGAUUUAAAUUUAAAUUCGAAAAACGCACUACGACAGCAGCAGCAGCAGCAGCAGCAUCUUGUACCGCAGCACGGUUGGCCGGUGCAGCAGGGGCAAGGCGGAAGAAAAGAUGUGAACAUAAAUAAUUUCGAGAAAAAGAACAUAUCAUCUGACGGUGGUGUUGGUGUUGGUAGUGGACCGAACUCCACCAGACCUAUUAGCUCACGGUCCGGUGAUGGUGGUGUUGGUGGUGGUAGAAAUAAUAUUAGGAAAAAACAUUCCUCCUCCAUUGGGAGCGGAUUAGGUAGUGAUCUUGGUGUGGACGAGCUAUCCUCGACGCCUCCUGUAUCUCCUCGGCCGUCAUCAACCUCUCCGCAGCAGGCGGGUUGCGUCCUGACGCAUUCGACGUCAGAGAGUCCGGUUGGUGGAUCUUCUGCCAGCUCAGUGCAGGCACAUCCACCUCCAAUUGCAACUCCGUUUGGCCAGCGGCGUCGAAUAUUGCAACCUCCGUCAUCACUGCCGGUGGUGAAAUCGUACAGCUUCCAUCGAGUCCCGUCGGACGCUAUCGGCUACUGCUCGCCAACGAUCGCAUCCAGAUCACCGAUCGCUGGUGACUGUAGUCAGCAGCUGUUCGACAGCUCUCCGCUACACACUGCCACCGGUAGAAACCGUUCGUUCCGUAGCGCAAAUCACGCUCGACGCUUACAGUACGGAUAUUUGGAUGAUUCGUUCCGGGUGGAGAAACCGAACGGCUUUCUGAAGGAUGAAAUAGGUGGUGAAGCGUUAUACUUUCGUCCUAACGUAACGCGCAAAUCAUCCCUACCGGUGUUGGGCAGCGGUGGCAGUGCAGCUGGCAGCAUCCGCAACCACAAGUGCAGUGACGCGAUCAACGAGAUCCGGUUGCAAUCGCUGAACAAGUACUGCAACAAGCUGCUGAGCGCGGCCACAGGCACGUCAUCCCGGGCGGGCAACGACGCCAACCUGCCGACGGUCAUUGCCGGUGGCACCCACGGUCGAGCGCGUCCGAUCGAUGAACUGGAGGAUCUUAGUUUCAUUGACUCGUCCGAUCUGUCGUCGGCCGGGGACGACAUCCACCACAACGCCACGCCGCUCGCCGCCGACCACGCCGACGAUUGGCCGGAUAAGUGCGGGCACGAGUGUAGGCCGCAACGCAAACAGUAUCGGCCGUCCGUCAUCGCCACCGGUUCGGCGCACCACGGCACCACGCCAGCUGUUGCGAGCGAGGGUGAUGGCACGCUGCCAGCUGCGGUGGACGGUGGUAGCAAAGCGCUAGCCGCAUCAACGGUGGCCGCGCGUGUUGGUGCAUCUCCCGCGAAUCGUAACAAUUACAUCGACUCGUCCUCGGACGAGCUGAACAGUGUGUGUAGUGGUGUUGAGCAGCUAACGCUCGCCUGUGACAGUGCCGAAUCGCACCGACGCAAUAGUGAGGAACAGUGGCGAUCGGCGCGCCCGUCCACAGUCAAGUGCCGUACGCAGUGCAACCGUAACGACAGUAACGCUAGCGACGACUAUCAAGCGGCACGCCACGGUGCUGAGUUGCGGUUCGGUAGUGCUUUACAAUCGGUAGCAGCUAUCAGCACGCUACUGUCCGCCUUGGACAGCGCGGGUGAGCUUGGUGCGGGCAGUUCGGUACACGGCGAAGGUAUUGGAGGAUCGCAAGAAGUGACAGUCGGUGGUGGUGGUAGUAGACGCAGCGAUACCAACAACAAUUACCACCGGAAUAAUAGUAACGGUGAUAGUGAACAGCAUCAGCAGCAGCAUCAUCAACAGCAACACCAGCAGCAGCAACACCAGCAACAGCAGCAGCAGCAGCAGAAAUAUACUACUGUGUCGUCUAAUAAUAGCGCUGAGAAAAGUGUCAGUGUCGGUGGUGUUGGUGGCGAACCCGGACGACCACCAGGUGGUAUCGGCGAGCAGACGCCGUUGGGCCGCGCGGCGACGGAUGAUAGCUACCCAUCGGCAUCGUCGCCUUAUGCUACAGCCAAAACGCUCGGCUACUCGGGUUCCGCCUGCUCAUCGCCGGACAGCCCGUCUGCCCAUCACGCAGGGCUAAACUGCUUUGGAAGGAGCAACACUCAGUUCCAUGCUGCGAGCAGCGGUACCAACGACAGAUCGAUAAUGGAAAAGCGCAACAACACACUGGAUCGUUUGCAAAGAUUAGUGAAAAAGACCACAUCCAGCUCGUCGGACAAGCAAAACAGCAGUGCACCGGGAACCAGUGGCAAUGCUGUUCCACCACCAGGCGCAACCAAAACGGAACGAUUGCGUGAGCUGACGGAGCUACUGAAAGGCAACCGAGCUCCACCAGUGCCACCGCCUCGACGAUCGAAACAUGCGAACAGUGUCGAGCGUACCCUGGAUCGUCGAAAUACGGCCCUGUCAACGUCUAGUCUGAACGAUACCAGCUUCCUGCAUGGAGCGGAAUCGAACCUACCCGAGCUGCUAAAGGCGAAAGAAUCACGGUCUGUUGACAUACCGUACCGGUUUGCCGAUGGCAGUGGACAGCGAAUGUCUACGCCCAGCUCACCGCUCGCCGAGCACAAGCCGAUCAAUAUCCGGGCGAACGUAAGCACCUCCAAUCUUGAAGCACUGCACGAGCUACCACCGCCAGCCAGCUCAACUGCUGCCGGGGAGGAAUGCAAAUCGGAAAUGGCGUUGAAGGAUGAUGAUGAACUGUUUGCUAAACUGUCGCGACCCGAGUCCCGCACAAUAGUCGGGUCGUAUACGCAGAAAACGAUACCCUUUCGCAGUGCUUCCUUUUCGCAGGUGGACUACUCGUCCGGCAAGUAUAUACGGUCGGCGCUGGGAGCGCUAAAGAACAGUAUCAUGAAGAGCAAAGAUCAACAGCAGACAAGCGUUGAUAGUAAUACGAUACCGAGACAGUACUGCAAGGUGGUUGAAACUGCUCGAAGCUGUAGUCCUACGGAGCUGUGUGGAAAUCAAUUGGAUCGUGAAGUUACCGGAGCACAACCCGACGAUACGGAUGUGGCGAAGCUGACGAUAAAGAAAACGGAAUUAAACAUCAACUUGGCACCGUUGGAUGAUUACGGAAUCGAUGUGAAGGACCUUUCCUCGAACCGUAACUCCGACAUUGAAACGAUCGUAGAAGACCCAGUAGCGGAGCAUAAUGAGAAUGUGGAAAAUGAGGGUGGCAGCGUGUCGCAGCAGGCAAACAUUAGUGUGAUGCAGGCAUCGGAAAUGGUGCUGGAGUCACUGGUGGAGGAAGGCAUUCCAAUCACGCCCACCUCCCUCUCCAAGGAUGACGAAUGUUUGCAACAAGCGACGACAUGUUUGAUUCCGGUGCCCGUGUACGAUUGUGUGGUGAGCGAGUGGAGUACGGCACGGCCAUCCGAACAGUGGAUAGACGCUUCGACGACAGAGUACGGCAAGUUUACCGAUUGCUUAGGAAGCAUAAAGGAAGUGAACGAGAACGCGCUCAGCGAGACACCCGGACAGGUGGAUCUGUUUCCUGCCGAGCUAUCGGAGGAAGGAUAUCACGCGGAAAAGAUCACCGUAGAAACACCGCCCCGAAUAAUCGAACCGCAGGAAAGCGUUGAGCUGUCGGAGGAUGGCGUUGGGUCGGAUGGUGCAGGUGAUCUGAACGAAGGCAGCAAUGGGUCCGACGAGGGUAUGAUGAUCUGUACGCCACCCGUUUCGAUCAUUUGUACCGAACCGGAAAGCAAUGAGUUUACGACGAUUGUAGAUGGAAGUGCAGCGACGCACAAGGUGUCCGUAGUGUUGGGCGAUGGUAACGAUGUGGUGGAGGUUGUGGAGGUGCGUAAACGUCACAGCAAUAACGAAGACAUGGGAGAUCCUCAGAACUGUCGCCUAUCGAACGAUGUGGAUGAGAAGCGCCGGCUGGAGUCACGUAAAUCGCGCCGGAAAGGCAUCUACAUCCAGUGGCCCGCGAUCGAUGGAAAUAAUGAGCUGGAAUCGGACCACAACGAUAAUGGUGGUACCGCGGGUGAGGAAGGUACUGUUGCUUGGAACCCGCAGCAUCUGGGACAGGUGGUGAACGAAAAGGAUUCGAGCUUGGAUCUGAGUGGCGAUAGUUUUACCGAUCUUAGCGGAAAGGACGUGGUGGAGUAUGCGAAGGAGCGUGAGCAUACGGUGAACUCUCCGGAGCGUUAUCUGCUCGAUCCGACCACUCCGGACUCGGAUCCGGGCAAACCGAUCUGGCCGAAGGGUAAUCGGCGGCAGAGUCUUACCUACCAGAGCUCGGAUGAGAAGGAUGACGCUGUGCCUGCUCCAGCGCUACCUGUUCGGACGUUGAAAACUUUGUUGCUACGAUCGGACUCGGUUUCGGAUAAUGAGAGUGAUCGAGCUUCUUCCCGUGAUCGCACCAGUGCUUCGCCCGCACCUGGUGGAGGUGAUUCCGAUUUCCGGCGAUACUCGAAGCGUCCUCUGCGAGGACCCUAUGGACAGAUGCUAGAGGCAGAGAUGAAGAAACCAACGAGUAAGGUUCAGUACAGUGAAAUAUUGGAGGAGCUAACGCGCAAUGAAGGCAAUCACAGUCCUAGUCCAGGUAUGUCAAGAAACCGCGGCGCUGGUAGCCAAUCGAUGGACGAAACUAACGAUCGACAUGCAGCGAAGGCUGGUUCGAAACCUCGGAAAUCAAGCGCCAACCUACCAGUACCGACCCACGUCCGCACUGCGUCGAGUCCUUCGAAGCUGUCCGAUUCGUCCAGUUCACAUUCCGCCAGUCCAUCGAAGCGUUACCUUUGCAACAUUGAACAGCGCAGCACAGACUCGGACAAGUCGGAAAAGUCCACUGGCGGUGGCGGUGGUGGUGGUAAGCUGGAGAACAAAAAGUUUUCGCUCGACAGCCACCUUACGGACAAGUCGCUGAAGCGCGGUGGGUCGGAUGUUCACGAAAAGUCCAACAAGCAGCGUAGUGGAUCGAGUGCCAGUGAUAAGCAGCAGCAGAAGCGUAGCCUGGAUGAGGUUCGAUUGUCGCAGAAUAGUCGUACACCGUCGGAGCGAAGCUUCACACUGUUGAACACGCCCGAUACACCGAAGGGUUUGGCCGCUUCUCCGGAGCUGUUGGCGGAGUUGCUGAAAGGUUCGAGUGAAAAACUAGUCACGGAGCAGUUGACGGGCAGCGGAGGCAAUAGUGGAGGGAAUGCUAGCAAUGCGUUGCCGUCAGCUGUGCUGAAUUGUUUGGAUACGCGAACUCACGUGGUGGUGGAGCUGUUCAACACGGAAAAGUCGUACGUGGAAUCACUACAAACGAUAGUACUGAAAUAUUUAAAUCAACUAAAGUCUCCCGAAAAUUCUGGCCUCGUGGAUGUGCAAACGGUGGAUGAAAUAUUUUUCAUGGUCCCAGCCAUUCUGAACAUCCACGAGCGAUUUCUGGAGGAGCUUCGACGUCGGCUAGACUCCUGGGACAAGAUGCAGAUGAUUGGCGAUGCGUUUGUGGACGUUUUUUCCCGCCCGGUUAUCCUCGACACGUACACCGCGUUUGUAAAUAACUGGAACAGGGCGAAGGACGCUAUCCGGAGUGCGAGACAAAAGUGUCCCGCCUUUGCGAGGUUUCUCGAAGCCAUGGCCCGGGAACACAAGGGUAAACUAUCGCUGGACAACCUGCUGAUCAAACCCGUACAAAAGUUUCCAAACUACGAACUUAUAUUCACAAGACUGAUUAAGCACACGGACGUGACACACCCGGACCAGAAACCGUUACAGGAAGCUUUAAAGCUAGUGCACGACAUCCUUAUGUUUCUGAACUGCAAGGAGAAGGAAGCGCUGGAGAAUGGGCAACGCGAGACGGCCCUGCGCGAGCUGGAGGGCGUGAUCGAGGGCAUGAACGAUCUGGUAACGCCGGAACGUGCCUUCCUGCUGUUCGAUCUGGUGUCGAUGCCGUCCGGGCAGGUGACGCGCAAGGAGCGAGGCUUUUUCCUCUUCAACGACCUUCUAGUGAUAACGAGCAUCAAGCGAAGGAGUGGAACGAUUCGGAAGACUAACAUGACCUGUCCGGGAAGCGUAGCGUCUACGUUGGAUACGAACAAGUACAAGUAUCUCACGAAGAUCUCGCUGGACGAUUUGGAGAUAGUCAAAUCUAAAGAUGAAAAUGUACGACGAAUCAUGAAGGAGAUAGAGCAUCUUUCGGAGGACAGCAGCAAGCUCAUACAGAUCACAGACCUAGCCGCCAGCUUACGAUGUCCUCACGGAGUCCUGGAGGAAGCGAUCCGUGAACUGCAGCGCGAAGUUCAACGUCAGCUUGCGGAACGCCAAACGAACGAUGCGCAGCUGAACGUGCUGGAGUUAACGUGGAACACGUCCAAUGGUAUCCAAAACAUGACGGUGGUAUUUUCGAAACCGGAAAAGCGCACCCAAUGGGAGGAGAUAUUUGCGGAGGCAAAGCAGAAGCUCGCGAACAGUAUGGAGCGAUGCCAGAUACCGGACUUCUUCGUAUCCGUACCGAUAAGGAAGACACGGGCCGGUCUUCAAUUCACCUGUGCCUCACCGACGCUCGGUGUGCAGAAGGACGUUUGGGUGUGCAAUAGCGAUGGGUACGUGGGGCAGGUGUGUGUGCUCAGCCUCGUUCCGGAACCGUCCGUGACCAGCUGCAACGGGGUGUGUAAUGCGCGGAUACUGUGCGUUGCCUCGGUACCAGCGAACGAAGAACGGGCCUCGAAUUCAUCGUUGAUGAAUGUGAAUAUAUCAAUCGUGGACUCGGCUAUGAACAGUGCCCCGACCAGACCGAACAAUUCCGUAGUCAACUCGCCUUCCAAAACGGCCGAACGGAAGGGUUCGUUCAAGUCAACCGAUGGCGGCAGUACGCAUCGAUCGCUGCCGAACAACGAAUCUAACGUUCAGCUAGAUUCGGGCAGCUCGAGUGAGGACUCCGAUGCCGAAAGUCAGCCCGAUAGGGUUGUGUCCACUGGAUCGUGUACGAGCUCGCUGACGGCUAACCAUCGGCAGCAGGACUCCACGGCCAGUACGAACGCCGGGGACGAGUCGGAGAAUCAGCAGUCGACCAUGUGGCUCGGUACGGAGGACGGAUGCAUACACGUGUACAACUGCACGGAUAACAUUAGGAUCAAGAAGAACAAGAUAAAGAUACCGCACGUCAGCGCAGUGUACUCCAUACUGUACUUAGAUAAUCGUGUGUUUGUGUCCCUGGCGAACGGUGAUAUUUGUGUGUACUCCAGGGAUCGAAGUGGAUGGAACGUAUCCUCUCCGCUGACGGUGACGGUUGGCACGGUUACCAAUCCCGUGGUAAAGCUACUGAACGUACACGGGAAGCUGUGGUGCGCAAUACAGGGAACUAUAAAAGUAUUAAACACGAAAACUUUACAAAUCGACAGCCAGAUACAGAUAUCGAACGACUCAAAACCAAUCACUAAUAUGACAGUAUUAAACGACUACGUGUGGAUUUCGGUUCAGAACUCGGCUCACAUCAAAUGUUGCCACCAUGAAAGCUUUGAGAUAAUAUUUGAGGUAAAUUUAGCACCAUCCGUCAACAAGAUGCUCUCGAACUGUGAUGAUAUCAUCCGGCAGCAUAAAGCCGCCUGUCUGCGCGUUACAUCCCUGCUCGCGUGCAAGGAUCUGAUCUGGGUAGGCACGAGCGCCGGUGUGCUGCUCACGAUAGCGGCUCACAACGUUGCCAAAGGGUCAUCACUGCCGGCAGUGACGGGACUUCCUCACGGACAUACGGGGCAUGUUCGGUUUUUAACGUUCGUUGAAUCCCAGGACGGUGAGACGGAUUCGGUGCAAGAGGGAGGAAGCGUAUCCACGUCCACCGCCUCCCAAAACCAAGCGGGAGCCAACAAAUCGAGUAAUCGGACGUCCCACCAAGAGCUGCUUGUUAUCUCCGGCGGUGAUGGAUACGAAGACUUCCGCAGUGCAGGCAACAACACACUGAGCGAGGUGGCUGGUCGUGAGGACAGUACGAACCAUUUGUUACUUUGGAAGGUGUGAAACGCUUUUGGACGGGGGCGAUGAUUGAUUCCUGCCCCACUCACACUUGGGCAGGAUAAUGUUGUCCUAUUGGUUUAUUUGCUAUAUUUGUUUUUGGGUGAACGAACACCUUUGGAAGCCUGCAAAGCAUCUCAAAGCAUCUUUGGGUUAGCUUGCGGCAUCACCGGUGGUGAUGUGGGUGUGUUUAGGCGCAAGCUGGUCUUGCAAAAGCAGAAAGGAACUUGCACUUUUUUUGUUGCCCCUAUGUUUUAUCUCAAUUUACACCUUCUCGGAACUCGGAUGCAUAUAGCGAGCUGUUAACACGAUAAGACAAUAAGAAUGGAUUGGCGCAAUGCAGCAUUGCAGGUUAGGGACAGAUAUUUGAGUAACAUUUGUACGUUUAACGACCCGACUCCCGAGAUGGGUGGGUUGCAGCUUUUGUUUAGUCCAGUCGCCACAGUUGGCCACUAUUCCAAAGGUACUUACAAAGCACUGUGUACGUACAUACCGCGUGUGUCCAAGGAAUGCUAGCGUUCAAGGCAACGCAGAUAAUUCCGCUUUUCCGAUAAAACUGUUCUGGCCGCAUCCUUAUCCGUUUUGUGUAUGUGUGUAUCGAAUUUAUCGCCUGAACUUACGAAGCACGAGUCACUAACUACUACUAUACCUAGUUUUGUAAGACCUCCUACUAUCAAGCUACUAGCCUAACCCCUGCGACCGUGAACCGCGAUCGCCAAGACUAACCAAACCCUUGUUGUCGUCGUUGUCCCAUACCGUGGAAUCGGAUUGAAUCAGUUAACAAAAUUGACGUGUUUUUUGGUGUGCUGUCCGGGCCUUCCACCGGCGGCACAGCACGCCUACCCCAGACAUCCCCCCAUCCCGUAGUGUAAAUAUAUUUGCAUGCUAGUCGAAAACAACACGGAGCCUGUCGAGGGAUGAGUUUAUACAUUCGCAACCGAAGUAAAAUAAAACGGAAAGGUAAAUAUAGGUAGAACAUUCGUGAACGUAGAUGUGUUGUUGAAAACCGUUGUGUUUUGAAAAUUCAAGCAGAGAGAGAGAGAGAGAAAGAGCAUGGCGCGCAACCACGAGGAACAGCAUGGCUGUUGCGGUUGCUGUUUGGGGCGGCGCCAAUCUGAGUCUGCAGAAGAAGGGACAGUGAAACCAAGUAUUCCAGAAUGAAUCAUGUUUUGUAUGCCAUACCGUUUCUAACCCAGCGCAAGCCGGUCCCAGACGACCAUUACCGAUUAAACCGGACAUGUGACUGGCAAAAUAUGGGCGCCGUUGGGCGCUGUGUAAACUUAUUUAUACAUAUGCAUAUAAAUAUAAUAUAUUGAAAAAAUCCUCCCCCCCCCCCAACGCAAAAAAACGGUAGCUAAGAACCAGCUAAAAGCGAAACAC